AUGGAACUGGAGGGCAUUUAUAAAAAUGUUGACCGCGAGACCUGCAGCAAGGGCAAUGAGAGGGAACUGGACAGAGAUGAAGAUAUUUAUGUUAAUAAGGAUCAAAAUCUCAGCCAGACUGAAGCAAAAGCUCAAAACCAAAGAGGUUUAACAGGUCGAAUACUGCAUAUCAAGCUCACGGCAGAGAGAGAGAUACAAGCUACGCUCAUGUUACAGACCAGUUCAAGACAUCAAACUGAAAAGGACCAGUUACAGAGCAGUUUCAACUCUUUGAGUCAGAAGAAACUGGAGCUGGAGACCAGAGUCAGUAAUCUCACUGCUGAGAAAACCCAGUUACAGAACAGCUUCAACGCUUUGAGUCAGAAGAAACUGGAACUGGAGACCAGAAUCAAAGAUCUCACUGCUGAGAAAAGCCAGUUACAGAGAAGUUUCAACUCUUUGAGUCAGAAGAAACUGCAGUUAGAGACUGAACUAAGGAAGAUAUCUGAGCAGGGAAAUGGCAGAUUCUUCAUAUCCAAUGAGGAGAAGAGCUGGUCUGACAGCAGGAAGUACUGCAGGGAUCGUGGUGGUGAUCUGAUCAUUAUCAAAACUGAAGAGAAGCAGAGGUGCAUAUCUUCAUUUAUCAAGGAGAGUGUGUGGAUUGGUUUGUCUGACAUUGAGAAUGAGGGCAACAUGAAAUGGGUGGAUAAUUCACCCCUGAAACAAGGGUUUUUUUUUCCAAACGAGCCAAAUGAUGCACAUGGAAAUGAGGACUGUGUUGAAAUGCAGUAUUGCACGUAUUGUCGUCCCUCUGACCUGAACGUCUGGAAUGAUCGCCAAUGCUCAGACUGGAAAAAAGCACUUUGUGAGAAAUAGGGUCUGUUCAUUUUUUUUCUGUUACUAAUUUGGAAUCAUUUUAUUAAGAACAAAUAAUUUCUGAUUGUGGAUUCUACCUUUUAAAACUGUCUGCUAAUUUCAUUUUUUAACACUUUCAAGAUAUCAAUUUUGUAAUAUAAUUUUCUGUAAAAUACAAAGUCAGGAGUGGAUACUCGAAUGAAAGGAAAAUGUAAACUUGUCAUUAUUUUCCCAUUGCAAGAAUAAACUCACAAGUGUAG